GUUUUAAACGUAUAAAGCCCAGUCCAUUUGAGCAAAAUAAUAGUGUUGGUAGGUAUAGCGCACAGAUCGGUAAAUGAAAAUGAAAUUGUUUGUAUUACUUACCGGAAUAGCUCUUGUUGUUUUUGCAUUGGUACACGUUUCACUUCAAGAUGAAGUUUCCACCAAGUUGAGAACAGAUCAAAAUAUAAAAAAGAGACAAAUUUUUGGCGAUUAUAGAGGCUGGCCGAACAAAGAAUAUAUCACUAGGUCCUUAAAUUUGAGUAAACUUCGUAAUCAAAAUACCGAUUCCUCGAUCAAAAGGAGACAAAUUCAAGGAGAUUAUAGAGGCUGGCCGAGAAAGGGAGGUCUCGCUAGAGCCUUAAACUUGAGUGACCUUCGAAAACAGAACGUCGGGUCCCCUGGAAAGGCUAAUAAUGCAGAUAGAAGGCAUCUACGGCCAAAUCACAAGCAUCAUGCACACGGCGUUCGGCCGAGGGCACUGAAGGUCUUCGAUAUCGAUAAAAGAAGCGAUAAAAAUAACGGUCCCGAGCGGAACAGUAGAAAUGUCUUUCCCAACGACGAAACUGAUACUUCAGAUUCCGAAAUAGAGGACAGUGUCGAGGUUCUGAUAAGAUUUCACGAACUUUUCAAUGACAUUGAAGAAAUGUUAGCUGAGGAAACAGAACCACAACUGAGGCAAAGAUGGAUGAAUCAGAUGAAUGCAUAAAAAUAUGGACUAUUCAAAUUGUAGAGAUGGGAAAAUGUUGUUAAAUUUAAUAUAGG